AUUUGACCACAGUACCACUCGUGCGGCCAACCACUUCGGUGGUACCUAAUUAGUCCUCUUCGUGAAAGCGGUUCCUACGGUUGUUUUUUUGUUGCCAAUUUUGCAAACAUGUCUAAAGAGACUUUGGAGCUAGCUUCUUUGGAGAAAAAAGAAGAAACCAAAAAGGAAGAUGUCGAGCCUCCACGUACCCUAUUUGGAGUCCGGCACGUCCAAGUACUACUUAACUUCUUCUUGACCUUUAUCGCAUAUGGCAUUAGGGUCAACUUAUCAGUGGGGAUUGUGGCGAUGACCACGAAGAGUAGCGACAACCCCGACAUUCCAGUCUACGAUUGGCACGACAAGAGCAUCCUCCUGUCUUCGUUCUUCUGGGGGUACAUCAUCCCCCAAAUCGGUGCCGGCCAACUGGCGAAGAAAUACGGACCUAAGUGGUUCUUGGUCAGUACCAUGGGGAUUUGUUCCCUUUUUAGCGUGUUACUUCCAGUAAUGGCAGACGCUUUCGACUCGAAAGGGGUGAUGAUAUCCAGAGCGCUCCAAGGGUUUUGUCAAGGGUUCUUCUUUCCCUCGAUUCACAACAUAUUGAGUUAUUGGGUACCCGUUACUGAGAGAUCGCGACUAGGGACUUUUGUGUAUGCGGGUGGACCUCUGGGUACCGUUGUGUCCAUGAUCGUUUCAGGGAUUAUUUCAGCCAGCUGGUACGGCUGGCCUUUAAUUUUUUACAUUUAUGGUGGUCUGGGUUUAUUAUGGUCCGUCGCUAUGGCAAUCGUGGGCUCGAACAAACCCAAAGACAGCAAAAUCAUAUCAGAAGAAGAACGGCUUUACAUUGAAGCAAGUCUGGAUCGCAGUCCAGACGCAAAGAAUUUAGCCACACCUUGGAGGGACAUCCUGACUUCUCGCGCAUUCUGGGCCCUCCUCAUCGCCCACUGUGGCCAAAACUGGGGCUUCUGGACCUUGAUGACCGAAAUCCCGUCCUACAUGAGCGAAGUGAUGAACUUCCAAAUCAAAUCGAACAGCUACCUGAGCGCUCUACCAUACUUCGUCCUCUGGGUCUUGAGUUUCAUCUUCAGCGCCAUCGCCGACUUCCUCAUCAUCAGGAAGUACGCCUCCAUUGGUACCACCAGGAAAAUUUUCAACUCCAUCGGUCUCGUGGUUCCUGCAAUCGCUCUAGUCUUCCUGGGUUUCAUGGAUGAAGAACACCACACUCCCGCAAUAGCCCUUUUGGUUAUCGCUGUGGGUAUGAACUCUGCGAUUUUCUCAGGGUUUAAUGUCAACCACAUGGAUAUCGCUCCCAACCAUUCUGGUACUCUGAUGGGUCUGACUAACUGCGUUUCGAAUAUAUUUUCGUUACUGGCGCCACUUUUUGUGCAGGUGGUUGUAACGAAUGAGAAAGAUACGAGUCAGUGGCAGACGGUGUUCUGCGUGGCUGCUGGAAUCUACAUUAUUAGUGAUCUUUGCUUCGUUUUGUGCGGGUCUGGGGAGGUCCAGGAGUGGAAUGAUAAUGGGGCUGUAGCCAGUGAAGGGAAGUAUACUGUCACCAAAGAGGAUGAUGGGAGAAAGACAGUGUGAGAGUACCCAGUUGUGCCAGUUUGAAUAUUGCACUGCGAUUUACUGUGAUAAUAUUGUAACAAAAGAGAUUAGUGUCAAGUAGUGUGAUUAUAUAGAAUAAAGUAUAUAAAUGUUGUU